UCCCCUCUAGUUACGGCGGGGCGCGGCGCUGCUGCCCAGGGGACUGGCCCAUCCCCGGCAAUCCACUGGGUCCUUAUUGCCUGUUGAGCCCCUAGUGCGAGUCAGUCCCGCCGGACACCCUUGACUGGCCUCGCUUCUCCCCCGGCUCUGGCCUCAUGAGGCGAGAGGUGCGGUUUGGUUCCGUGCGUAGGGACUUGGGUUGGGUGGGCUGGGCUGAGCUGAGCGUUGUGAGAACCAGAACGGCGCAGUGCGCUAACCUGAGGUGGCGCCAGCCAUUCUGCUCGUCCCCUUGCACGUCUCCAUUUUCUCCUACUCUCUAAAUGUGACCUUAGAACCCUGGUCAGAGUAAUGGUGAGGGGCAGGCGUGACGUUAUUUCAUUUCUCGGCUUCUCGGCAUUCCACAGGUUUCCCUCCGCCUCCUGAGGGCCUUUCCUAACCCGGAGAGUGGAUUCCCAGCUCCAGAAAAUGGGCUUGGAGCGGGGGGCCGCGUUAAGGAAGGCGAAGGGCAUUGUGGGGGCGUUAGGUAAAAGUAGGACCCCAACCGACAGAUCCUGGUGCUCGCGCCAGCUGGGCGCGCAGAGCUUUGCGCGUUUGCUAUUGGAAAGGUUCCAGCGCGGGAAACUGAACUGGGAGCUUUGCGCACGCCUGAGCGCUCAAGUAAUAAUAGCGCCAUUUUGCCGUACGGAAGCUACACAGCAACGCAGACUGGAGCCUCUCCUCGAGAUCUUCCUAGGUAGUGACUUCUAUUUCGGAGGAAACUCCAAAAUGGUAUCGAGGAGGAUUUAAAGGGACAGACUGAUUUUUUUCUUAAUGCCAUGUCCCGGCCCUUCCUCAUCACCUUCACCCCAGCCACUGACCCCAGCGACCUCUGGAGGGAUGGGCAGCAGCAGCAGCAGCAGCAGCCACAGUCCGAGGAGCCAGAGUCCACCCUCGAUGGGGCUGCAGUCCGAGCUUUCUAUGAGGCCCUGAUUGGGGAUGAGAGCAGUGCUCCUGACUCCCAGAGAUCUCAGACUGAACCUGCCAGAGAAAGAAAGAGAAAGAAAAGAAGAAUAAUGAGGGCAGCUGCAACAGAAGCAGUGGCAGCAGGACCAUCAGGAAGACAUGGACAAGGAAGAUCCCUUGAGGCUGAGGACAAGAUGACUCAGCAGAUACUGCGGGCAGCCCAGGAGGGGGACCUAGCAGAACUUAGGAGACUGCUGGAGCCCCAUGAGGCAGGAGGAGCUGGGGGGAAUAUCAAUGCUCGGGAUGCCUUCUGGUGGACUCCACUGAUGUGCGCUGCUCGAGCUGGCCAGCGGGCAGCUGUGAGCUAUCUCCUGGGCCGUGGGGCUGCCUGGGUGGGGGUCUGUGAACUAGGGGGCAGGGAUGCGGCUCAGCUCGCUGAAGAAGCUGGUUUCCCUGAGGUGGCUCGCAUGGUCAGGGAGAGCCAUGGAGAGACAAGGACCACAGAGAACCGGUCUCCCACUCCUACCCUCCAGUACUGCGAGACCUGUGACACCCACUUCCAAGACUCCAACCAUCACACAUCCACUGCUCACCUGCUGUCACUGUCCCAGGGUCCUCGGCCACCCAACCUUCCACUUGGGGUGCCCGUCUCCAGCCCAGGCUUCAAACUGCUGCUGAGGGGGGGCUGGGAGCCAGGAAUGGGGCUUGGACCCCGGGGCGAGGGCCGUGCCAACCCCAUCCCCACUGUCCUCAAGAGGGACCAGGAAGGACUAGGCUACAGAUCAGCACCCCAGCCCCGAGUAACACAUUUCCCAGCUUGGGAUACCCGAGCUGUGGCUGGGAGGGAGAGAGCUCCUCGGGUGGCCACACUGAGCAGGAGGGAGGAGAGUAGGAGGGAGGAGAAAGAUAGGGCUUGGGAGCGGGAUCUAAGGACUUACAUGAACCUUGAGUUCUGAAUUUGGUAAAGUCUGACCCUGGUCUGCUGAAGUCUGAACUUGGGCCUCUGACCUGGGCCCUUUGACUUCUACUUCCUGGGAUCUGCCCUGGUGCAGACCCUUGGGUUUUGGUCAGUGGGCUCUGCCUUUGCAAGAGGCGGGCUGAGAGUGAGAAAUAAAUCAACCUUUUGUGGUUUA